UUCUUGAUGCAAAAACCCACAGUGACGCUGGACAUCGUUUAAGGGAAACACUGUGUGGGAGGCGAGGCGAGGCGAGGCGAGCUAGCUAAGGCGAAAAAGCUUCGUUCUCCUAAAGAAACGUUAAAAGUGAAAGCAAGCGAGAUAGAGAGGGCAAAGCAAAGAUGCAGAGAGUGAAGGCUGUAUUAAAAGCUAGGCAUUCAUUUCAAAGACUUGGGAUCCUCUCUCAUCAAAGAUGUCUCUCUGCUCAGCCCAACUAUGCUCUAUAUGAUGAUUUCGAGGACCAGGUUUUAGUGGAAGGAAGAGCUAAAUCAAGAGCAGCAAUUCUCAACAGACCUUCUGCUCUCAAUGCACUUACCGCCUCGAUGGCAGCUCGGCUGAAGAGAUUGUAUGAAUCAUGGGAAGAAAACCCUGAUAUUGGUUUUGUCUUAAUGAAGGGCAAUGGCAGGGCUUUCUGUUCUGGGGUUGAUACUGUUGCUCUCCAUCGCUUACUUAAUGAAGGGAAAGUUUAUGAAUGUAAAAGGUUUUUUGAGACGCUAUAUAAGUUUGUAUACCUACAAGGAACAUAUUUGAAGCCGCAUGUGGCAAUCUUCGAUGGUAUAACAAUGGGGUGUGGAGGUGGAAUUUCUUUGCCAGGGAUGUUUAGAUUAGUGACUGAUAAAACUGUUUUUUCUCAUCCAGAGACUCAACUGGGGUUCCAUCCUGAUGCAGGGGCUUCAUUUUAUCUUUCUCGCCUACCUGGUUACUUAGGGGAAUACUUAGCUCUAACAGGAGACAAGCUUAAUGGUGUUGAAAUGAUUGCCUGUGGCCUUGCUACCCACUAUUGCUUAAAUGCUAGACUUGCUUGGAUUGAAGAACGUCUCGGCAACUUGAUGAAUGAUGAUCCAGCUGUCAUAGAUUCUUCUCUUGCACAAUAUGGUGACCUUGUUUAUCCCGAUAGGAGCAGCAUUCUUCGCAGGAUUGACACAAUUGAUAAAUGUUUCAGCCAUGACACUGUUGAGGAAAUUAUUGAUUCUCUGGAAAAUGAAGCAGCUGGAGCUUAUGAUGAUUGGUGCAAGACAGUGCUGAGAAAAAUGAAAGAAGCCUCACCGUUGAGCUUGAAAGUUACUCUAAGAUCCAUACGAGAAGGUAGAUUUCAAUCACUUGAUCAGUGUCUGGCACGUGAAUAUCGGAUUUCCCUUGCCUGGAUCUCCAAAUCGGUCUCUAAUGAUUUCACUGAGGGUGUUCGGGCUAGGUUAGUGGACAAGGAUUUUGCUCCCAAGUGGUACCCCGCAAGCCUGGAAGAGGUUAGCAAAGACAUGGUUGAGUACUACUUUACGCCACUCGGGGAAUUAGAGCCUGAACUGGUGCUGCCAACUUCACUAAGAGAACCUUACAUCUAAGGAAAGAUCUCUUUGUAGGGGAAGCUAUCAGUUUUUGGUAGCAGACAAUUUUUGGUUGAUCAUGUUCUUUUCAUUUAUGGAAAUAACAUCCCAUAUUUUUAUGUUGUUAUCAGUUAUACAUAGAACUUUAAGUAGGGACGCAGAGAUUAGAAAGAGUUGUUUUGUUUGUGAUUUUUCAAGUAAGACCAGAUCUUGUUCCGUAUGUUUUUAUGGAGAACUGAUUCAAAACGGCUUGAGGGUGUUGUGAAAA